AUGGAUGUGAUUAAGAAUUUUAAAUCGUACAAUUUAGUUAGAGGCACAAUAGAUAAUAUGCUUUCGGAUUUCAAAGCUCCGUCGUGCUGUUCUGGUUUCGUUACCGAUUGUGUUUUGGAUCGCGCAUCUAAACUUCCAGAAAUAGUAGGUGGUUCGUAUCUCCUUACUGCAUCUGUGAAGAUUACUAUGGAAGAGAAUUUGGAUGUACAUGAUCCGAUUCAUGCUGAUGUAACUGAUUCAAUGGAGGAAGACAGUGUAAGAAGGACUGGUGCAUCGAAGUCGUUUAUUGAUGCUUUGAAGAAAGAGGAAUAUAGACACAACAAUAGAUACAGUAACGAUACCACUAGUUGUGCAGUAUGCUUGGAAAGGAUUCUAGAUGGAUCCGUAAUAAGCAACAUUCCGUGCUUGCAUAUGUUUCAUUCUGCUUGUCUGGUUACUUGGUUGCAUGAAAGCAACUCUUGCCCCAUAUGUCGACGUCAGGAGUUAGUUUCCUUCUAA